UGGGUAGUACGCACAGGGCGCUUUUUAGCCACGUUUUACCCCUCAUUGUUGUGAUGAUACGCCAUCUCAGUUUUGCUCCUAUUUUCCCAUAGCUCUUCUAAAUCUUACUCCUUCUUCCCCGAUCAGAUCACCAAAACCCUAUUUCCCAUUCUCCCUUGUUUGUUCCGCCAGCUCUAGUGUGAAUCCUUCAAUUUCAAACGAUUUCAAUUGAUGAUAUUGGCUACACUUUUGUAAAUUAUUGGAUUAUAUUGGAUUGGAUUGCAUAAUGCUUAUUUAAAAUUCAUAUACGCUUAAACGUUCAGAGAGAGGGAGGUGAAUUGAUUGAUCGUAGUGCUGUAGCUGGAAUUGGGAUGCAGAGGCAAAGUCCGCCGAAGCAUAGGCACGAUGGGACUUCGCCUUUGCCGUUGGGAAUGGAUUGGAGCCCUCCUCCCAAAAGAUGGGCUGGACAGGAAACUAUAUGGCCGCAUGAUCCUCAAACAGGGUGGAGUUAUUGUGUCACAAUCCCUUCUUGGAUUAUCGUUGCAAAACCAAAAGAUUCAGAUUCUGUAGUGGGCAGUUUUACAGGGUUCUGGUUGGCAUACAAUCACCGGACGGGAUCACAACUACUCAUGUCGUACUUAGAAGAUUCAACGAUUUUUUGAAAUUUCAUGCUGCACUAAAAAGAAAAUUUCCUACGAAAAACCUCCCUCCAGCUCCACCGAAGGGAUUUAUGCGGUUGAAAACCAAGACCCUUUUGGAAGAGAGAAGGUCUUCUUUGGAGGAAUGGAUGACAAAAAUACUAUCUGAUAUUGAUAUUUCAAGAUGUGUUUUCUCAGCAUCUUUUCUUGAACUUGAAGUAGCUGCCAGAUCUUCAUUUAAAGUUGAACGUCUCACUUCAGAAUCAAGACCUUCUGUAAAUAGCACAAUUUCCUCUCUUGAAGCUCAAGCUAGUGCAGGCUCGUCUGCAGUAGCUGGCAGUUCAUCACAUGCAUCUGACUAUGGUAGCGACACUGCUUAUGAGGCAUCUGAAAUGGGGACUGAAGAUCUCUCACUAGAUGAGGAUUUAUCAAGUCCAAUUGAUAAGUUUAUGAAGUAUGGCAUGUCCAAUAUUGAUGAGGGAUUGUUCAUGGGACAGGCUAUUUUAGAGCAACUUGGAAGUUUUCCCAGUAAUAAUAAUAUCAAGACAAAAGAGAUUAAUAAUAAUGUUAUAGAUGAGAGUAUGAGCAAUGGAACUGCAUCAAAGUCUUCGUAUAAUUCAAGUGAUAGUCAAAUAAUUCGUCAUGCUAAAAAGUUAUCAGCUGAGAGUGUUGCAAGUGAUAUCAAUUGUCAAAGAGAGGGCGAGAUGUCACACUCGGCAUUUCCCAAUUCAUUUGGAAACACAGAUCAACUACAACUGGUCCUUCCUUCAGAUCAACGUCAUAAAAUGCAUAGAAUUCUCGCCACUCUGAAACAGAGAUUGGGGACAUCAAAAACUGACAUGGAGGAUCUUAUAUCAAGGUUAAACCAGGAAAUUGCUGUGAAAGAUUACCUGACGACCAAGGUCAAAGAUUUGGAAGUGGAGCUUGAGGCAACUAAAGAAAAAAGCAAAGAGAACCUUGAGCAGGCAAUAUUGAUUGAGAGGGAAAGAGUGACUCAGAUGCAGUGGGACAUGGAAGAUCUUCGUCAGAAGUCUAUGGAGAUGGAGUACAAACUAAAGCUGCAACAGGACGAAAUAAAUAAAGAUUCCACAGAAGUCAAUUUAUACCAGGAAAAAGAUGCACUCCGACAGGAGUUGGCAGCCACAAAACUACAGAUGGAGGUGCUAAUGAAACGAUAUCAUGAGCUGGAAGUGAAUUCAAAACACGACAUAAAAGUUCUUGUUAAAGAAGUUAAAACUCUUCGGAGUUCUCAAUCAGAAUUGAAGCAACAGCUUAACGAGUCAUCCAAGGAUAAAGAUGAAAUUGAGAGGCAGUAUGCACAGGAAAAGCAAAGCAGUGAGCAAUCUAAAACCACUUGGAAGAAACUGCUGCAUGAUUGUGAAAUUCUCCAACAGCACUUCGAAGGGUGCAAGAUCAACUUAGCUGAAAAUGUAAACGACCUUAUAAAAAAUGUGCAAUCACUGCCAGAUGCGAAGGAGCUGCUCUCCACUUCUGAUGAUCAAAUCAAUCUUCUACUUGCCAAGGUGCAACGAUUGGACGAAGGCGAAGGAAUCAAUUCGGUUUCCAGUGAUGAUACAAAAAACGUUUUUGAUAUUGACAUGAUGGAGAUAAUUGAGGGGGCGAGGAAGAUGCUAAAAAACGUCUUUGUUAGUAAUGCUAAAUUGAGAAAGCAGGUAAAUUCUGUGGUAAGAAAUGCUAUUGAUACUAAUGAAGUGUCUUCUCAUAGUAUAACUGAAGAUCAGCAAGGUGGAAAUGAUGUAAAAACAGAUGAAUUAGAUGAAUAAGGUUGCAUAUGUUGUACAAUUUUCUCAUAUAUAUAGAGGAUGUUUUGCAUCCAUUUGACUGAUAAUUAUUUACUAUGUUAACUUUGAGAUUCGCCUUGAUGGUUUUGUUGUUAGCAUCAUUCACGUGUACAGAUCCGACUAAGCAAUAUAUCAAACUUAGCGUUUAAUUGUGAUUUCCUUUCUUUCUUGAAGGAGAGUUGUAAUGUAAAAAUAAUGGUUAUUUAUUAUAUUUCAGAUGCCAAUUUUAUCACUAAAAAUUU